ACAGUCUCUACUCCGUUGACGCUGCGACACAUGAAAGAUAGCUGCUGGAUUGAAGGCGGUUUGCGCGUUGAAAUCGGAACAACGCUCGGAGCUCGCAGAUCUCCCAUCGUCGCACAAGUGUCAGGUUCAGACUGCUAUGUGAUUCAAGCAGAACUCAAACCCACCCUCGGCGAUGACUUCGAGUGGCAGAUAUUUAGCAUGCAGUUGACUUCAUGGGUUCCCCUGAAUGUUCUCCACGCUUUUGGACCUGUGGAUCGCAGAUCUGUGACUGGGAGGGAAGCGCUGCGAGAUGAAGAGUCAGCAUCGGCUUUUCAAGAUGUUCGGGAGGAAAAAACUACGAGACCGUGGAUUCGUUCCACGGGGACUUCCUCCAUCUCUAAGUUUCUCCCACAUUCAUUACUUGUGAACGUACUUACAUAUUUGUGA